AGAGGGAGGAGAGAGAAUGAGACGGAAGUAAGAGAGGUAAAGAGAAAGUGUGACCAAGGAAGAAAGAGCUGUAAAAAAAAAAGCCAGGGAGAGAGAGAAAGAGACCGUAAGAGCGACAGAACCAGAGAGACAGACCUCAAAUCCCGAGAAAGAGAGACUGACGUGUCUGAGAGACAGAAGAAGAAAAAGGAGAGUCAAAGAUUGAAGGAGAAAAGAGAAGAAAAAAAACAAAGACAGAGGAAUAGAGAUGGUGGUGGGUUCUGUACACAGGACGGUCUACACAAACCUCCUGUCUGGCUGUCUUCUACCUCUCAGCGCGGCGGUAUCGCGCUGCAGUGUCACAGAGUGUCUAAAUGGCUCUUCUUGCUGUGAACCACAAACAAAGAUCUACCUAGAUUACAGCUGGUAUGGGCCCCUCUUUAUCUGCAUGCUGAUAAUAUUCUCUGUGCUUUGCCUAUGUGGGAUUUGCAAUAAAGGCUGCUGUUCGCGGUCUCCAUCUAGACCCCCGUCACCAAGAGAGACCCCCCUGACAGACAUGGGACCACCCCCUCCAUAUAGUGAGGUCACAGCCAAACCUUUUCUGUAUCCCCCAAGUACAUCGUGUCCGCCACCCUACAGCAGUGUUAUACCCGUCUCCCCAUCGUCAUCGUUAUGGGGCGAUCAGAGCUGAGAGAAGGACAUUGGACUUUGUCUGAACUGCUUUGUGCUCACGCGCUGGAGGUGUGUAGGGUGUAGGAGGACAGCCAUACUGUGGCAGAAGAUGCGUGGAUCUGGCGGAUGGACCAUACGCGGCACCAGUAGAGAUUGCAUCAAGCGUUAGAAGGUUAUAUAGGAGGAGAUAUCGGGAAUUACAGAGACUCCAUAUGAGGUGAUAGGGAAGAAUAGGAGAUGCUAUAGGGAUGGAUUACAGGGAGUAAUAGGAGAGGAGCAAACGGCGGAGAUGCAAUGACCAGGCCAGCUAAGAAAGAAAUGAAGUUGUCUGGAGAGAUAACGAUGAGGAGCAGACGAGAAGAAGGUGUGUGUGCCAGGUAUAUAGGGAACAAUCUUAACUUGAAUUUUUUAGCUAUAUAUUUAAAUAAUUUUGUCAAAUACACAGAAACGAGGCUUAAGAUAUUUCUGUGGUUCCAUUUGUGAAAACGUGUUUCUGUCCAAAUGUUUGAGUCUGAUCAGAAAUAAACGUCCAUGAUACGUCU